UUGUGAAAUAAAAAUGGCAUCUCCUCAGGGUGGUAAUACAGAGAAGAAAAGAGAUCAAAAUCAUUUAGAUGCAUUCAUAUCCACAGAUCUGACUCACCCAGAACUUUCUGGGCUAUCUCCAAGGGCACUUAUUGAACAGGAAGUUAGAGAUCAGAUGGCUUAUGACUUAAAAGAACUUUUUGAUAGACCUCCUGUCAUAAAUGAGUAUAAUAUUGGGAUAUCAAAUGGUGACUGAUGGGGGAAAUUAGCAAACACUGUCUUAUCAGAUCACAAGAAUUUGUGCAAAUAUCUUGGCGAAAGAUGUGAGAGAUGUAAAUAAAAUUGACCAACAAGAGAAGGAAAAAGCUCAGAAAUUGAACAAUAAGCUAGCAAACCAGGAUAAGUACAGGAGAUCAAAGGCACUGAGGAAUCUGAAAGGGAAGGAGAGCAAGUUUUCAAACUCUUUGCCCAGAAAGUCAAUAACUAUUAAGCAUAACCACAUUAAGAUGCUAGCUCCAGAGAUUAAGGAGCAACUUGAGCAGCUGAAGAAGAAAAAUAAUAAGAAGCAGCUAUCAGAAGAAAGAAAUUCAAUUUGUAGAUCUCGGCAGAAUCCAAAGUUAUCUAGACAAUCUAUUUCAACUUCCUUGCCGGAUGUGAAGAAAGGAGACAACGACUUAUUGCCUGAGAGAAGGAAUAGUAUCAGAAAGAAGCCAACUUUUAGGAAUUCCACUGGGCAUGGAGAUUGGAAUUUUAACACCAUCAAAGAAGUAUCAAGUCCUGUAAAGUCUCCAGAUCGCUUAGACUCAAUGCAUACUACAUACAAAAGUAAGGAUAUGUCAAAGCAAAAACCAAAGCGCAGAGCCUCAAAGCUUAAAAAGAUUGCGUCAAAGCAUACCCAGAACAAAGCAAAGGAUGCAGAACAGAAGAUAAAUGACUUCCUUCAAAAAAUUGAGGCAACCAAGAAGAAGCCUCCAAUUUUAGGCUACAAAGUCACAAAGCACUCAAGGAACAAAUUCAUUUUCAAAGGUUCUUCAACAGAUGUUUUGAAAAGGCAAACUGGCACUAACAAGCAGGAGAAAAUGGCUCAGGAUGGCCUCAUACAGAAAAUGAAAGAAUUUAAGAAAUUAUCCAAUCUCUCUCCUGAACCUUACAGGCUUAAGAACGCUCCAAAGGCAAAAGCCUCUGGUUAUGGGGACAUGAACCCUAAAACUUUGAAGGAAGUUUUGUUUACUAUCAAGAAUGAUAUCGAAAGCAAGAUUAAGGAUAUCCAGACUAAAGAGAUAGAGAAGCCUUUGUUUGAUACUGAAAAGUUCUUUAAGAAUCAAGGAAAAUAUAAGCUCAAAAGUUUCUCCCCAAAGAGAAAAGGCUUUAAUAAGAAAGGAUUGAAGACCUCUCGUAAUCAGGAUGAGAAGAAAAUCAAAUUUCUGAUGAACACCUUCUCACCAAAGAAAUUAUCACUUUCACAGAUGAAGCAAGGGAAAACUUGUCUAGAUCGUGGAAAGAAAUCAUUGAAGCCUGCCGAAAGGGAUAACAGUCUUGUUCUACCUGCAAUUCAGAGUCCUAGAAGUGCCCAUUCAGAAUGCUAAAUUGUGAAUUCAUUGAUAAAUUUAUGCAAUUACAAACAUUUU